AUGGACAACAUCCACGAGGAGCUGGCUGCAGUCCUCGCCUCGGUGACAGGAGCAGAGCGGCAUCUUCGGUCGCUCCUCCGGUCGUACCGCAUGCUCAGCAAGACGGCAGACAAGGCCAGGGCGGGCAUGGGUUCUGGGCGGCUCGACGGCGAGGAAGCUGGAAGCGGCGGCGGAGGUGGUGCGGUGGCCAAGGGUCGGACCCGGGUGCAUGCGGCGUACGCGGGGCAGGUGGCGGCUAUGGCGGCCAUGAAGCAGGCCAGGGAGGGCUUUGUGGCUGCCGAUGCUGCUGCGCGGGAAGAGGGUGGCGAUUGUGCUGACGAGGGGCCAGACGAUGGCCAUGCAGACGCUGUGGCGCGUGCGCUGAGCACGCUCGAGCUCCUGCACUACAUCCAGUCGUCGCCGUGGGAUCCACAAGUCCGUUCACAGGCCCAGAUUGACGCCAUGACCGCGGUGCUUGAGCGUUACUACGAAUUGGCACAGGCGCACAAAGCUGCAGAGGCUGCAGAGAGCGACGUAGCCUUGGCCGAAGCUCCCGGAGCGGCUGGGAGAGCUGCCGGCGGCGGGUAUGAUUGGGACCACACGGCGCGCGCCCUUGACGCACUCCGUCGCGACUGGGAGCCCGAUGACGGCCUCCGCGGUGCACCGGCAAUAGCAGCGCUGAGCGCGGACGAUCUGUCGAUCAAGGCGCAACCGCACACAUCGUACGUGCUGCAGUGGCUGCCACACGAGCUCUUCCCGCCGAUGCGCCGCAUCCUGCGGCCGCCCACGCCCAAGCUCGUGUACACCUCUGUCGACGAAGUCAGCCAGUUGGCACGGCUACAGUCAGAGCUCCAGGCCCGCAUCCUAGACAUCCUUGUAGUCCGCAACACCGAGACGCAGAUCAUCGACGGCCUGCUUCCGUCACUCGACCCGGCCGACCGCGAGUUCCGCGCCGCCGCCCGCGCCGCGCACUCGAUUGUCCGUCACAGCGGCAAGGCUGCACCACUUGUCUUUGCCGUCCGCGAUGAGUAG